AUGGACAGUUCAAGCAUUUUGAUAGAAGGUGAGAGUAAUCAAAGGGAAUAUGUAGAAGUUGAUCACGGCGAUGGUGAUGAAUCACUUUGGGUUCCUGCAAUUGGGAUGUAUUUUUCAUGUCUAGAGGAAGUUAAAAAAUAUUAUCAAGAGUAUGCUUUGAAAAAGGGGUUUGGAUGGAGGAUUAGAUCAUCGAAAAAAGAAGACGACGGGGAGCUCAAUCACCUGAUACUUUCAUGUUCAAGAGAGGGGACUAAGAGGUCAAAAAUUUCAUGCACGUUGAAGACACUUCCAUCUAGAGCGAAAAAUUGUCCUGCCAAGAUUUGUAUUAAAUUAAAACAAGAUGGUUUGUGGUACAUUAAAAAAUUUGAGGCAAACCAUUCUCAUGAGACUAGUACUACAAAAGCAAGAUUGUUCAAGGCUAACAAGAAAAUGAACUUACAUGUAAGAAGAACAAUUCAAAUCAAUGAUGAUGCGGGGGUAAGGAUCAACAAGACUUUUCAAUCGCUUGUUAAAGAUGCAGGAGGGCAUGAAAAUAUUCCCUUUUGUGAAAAAGAUGUGAGGAAUUAUAUUAACAAAGAGCAUCGUGCGAUUGGAAAAGAAGGUGAUGGUAAGGCUUUGAUAAGUUAUUUUUGUAAAAUGCAGGAACAAAAUACAAAUUUCUUUUAUGACAUAGAUUUAGAUGAUAAUUUUCAUGUGAUGAAUGUAUUUUGGACGGAUGCAAGAAGCAGAGCCGUGUACGAAUACUUUGGAGACGUUGUAACUUUUGACACAACAUACUUGACUAACAAGUAUGACAUGCCUUUUGCUGCAUUCGUGGGUGUGAAUCACCAUGGUUAA